UGAAAAUUCUGUAGCUUUCAGCUUUUGCAGGUACUUCUGAUAAUCAGCAUACACACACACACAUACGUAUAUUUACACACAUUAGCACAAAUAUCUGUCCUUGAGUCUAUAUAUAUGUACAUGUAUGUAUAGGGAGAGACAGAGAUGGGGGAGUACAUGAAGAAAUGUGAGAGGAUUAGAGCUACGGAAGAUGUUAUGUGGUUGAAUUUCAGUAAAAAGAGGAAGUUGUACUGUGAGCUUGAAAAUGAGUACGCCGGCGACGUAGAACUGGUCCAGAAUGCGUCGUCUCCGGCGACUUCUAGGACCUCCUGUUGGUAUGAGUACGAUGAGUCGAUUGAAGUUGGGAGGAGGAGUUCGAGAUCACCAGAUCUGGAGAAUGUGGAUUUGCAAACCAAGGGUUUCGGAAUGGAAAUUUCCACGUCCAUCAACGGCAUUUUUAGAGAGGCGAUUCCAAAAGGCGAGCUCUCCGCAGACUCGGAAGAAUUCAUGGUUAUGGACUCAUCAUCUGCACCAUCGAAGAAAUCAUCGCUUGUGGCGCCAACGUCAUACGGGAAAUUUCCAGCUUCUGUGGCAAAGACGCCACCGGCGGCGGAGCUGGAGGAGUUCUUCGCCGCAGCAGAAAAGUACGAGCAGAAAAGAUUCGCUGAAAAGUACAACUAUGAUAUAGUGAAGGACGUUCCAUUGGAAGGGAGGUAUCAGUGGGUUCGUUUACAUCAUUGAAUGUGUAUUACUAUGACUAAAGAAAAAGAAAAAAAGAAAGGGUAUUCUUGUUACUCAGAAAAAUUCUUACCCAAGUCAUGUUGGUCGAACCAAACAAUCACAUAGUCAUAAGAUUGUGACCAAAUUCUGUCCUGAGUUAGAAUUUUCCAUUUUUCUUAUUCGUUUUUAUACCUGCUCCUUUCCUUAUUUUGUCAGUACUGGUUAAGUUGAAUUAGAUGAUCACCUGUUUCAGAAGAACGCACUUUCAAGAUUUCCUAAUACCCAAGUAAUCUGGUUCA